AUGGCUGCAAUCAUAGAGAUUGGGUCUGAGACCCAUGAUAGAGGUGAAGAGCAGGAACAAGUAUUCGUACGUAAAAGUAUCAAAUAUGUUCUGCCCAACGACUCGGUAAAAGCGUUUAUUGAUCGUAUACAAUACGAACUUCCUAUCUCCUCCUUCACGCUACCGUCUGGCGAGAUAGUUGCAUCCCAGAUGAACAAUAGUUCAUACUUUGACGACGAAUACCUGAACAUGUACAAGGGGCGUGUAGUCAAGAAUGAAUGUGCCGAGCUAUAUCGUGUGCGGUGGUAUGGAACUUCGUUCAAACCUGUUGAGAACAUGUUCAUCGAGCGCAAACGACAUCACAACUACAAACAAGUACAGAAGUAUAGCAACAAGAAGAGAUUGGACCUGCCCAAGAAGGAGAUGAACAGGUUUCUAACAGGUAAACCAAUCGAAGAGUUGAAUCCAUCGAAGGAGAAGCUCGCUAAAGACAUACAAGAAGCGAUGGUGCACUUGCAGCCCAAGGUGCGAACUCAAUACCUCAGGACAUCGUUCAUGAAGCAAAAAAACCAGGACUUGCGCAUCACACUCGACCGGGAUAUUGUGCUGUUUGCUGAGCCACAGAGUUGGGCUGAGAUAGAAGCGGCCGAUGGAACUGGACAAGGCCGAGGCGAGAAAAUGCCUUUUAGUGUUGUGGAAGUGAAAGUAGCGAUGUUUGAAGGGGGCAAGUCCGAGUGUCCCGAGUGGAUACACAUUGCUCUGAUGGAAUGCAACGCCAGGAAGAUCAAGUUGAGCAAAUACGGGUAUGGGUGUGCACAGUUCUACCCCAAACACGCCCAUCCUUUGCCGAAGUGGAAUGCCGAGGUGGCGACAUGGAGUGAUCAGUUGAACUCAAGUGCGGCUGGUAAACUACAAAAUUCUGGUGAUGUCUCACCACAGGCUACCAACUGUAUACCAAGCAACUCACCUAAAACCCGUGAAAUGCUGCGUAAGAAGUACUCCGAAAUCUGGGCUUAUGAUAACACGAGCAUACAAGAGCACUCCCAGGGCUCGUGCAACACCGUGGAAAUGUCUACAGCAGAAAUGAAACCCGGUAAGAGCGAUGUAAAACCCGGGAAAGCACCGACUAGUAAGACGAGGAAUAUUUUCAAAAAGGCCAAGCGACACGGACUCAACCGUAAAAAGUACGGAAAGACUGACGGCAAAGCGUUCAUGGCGAACGAGCGUACGUAUUUGAAUUACAUCCAGUGGACUAGUAGUUUGGCGACGUUCUGCGUAGGUCUGCUACAGCUGGCUACGGGCAGAGAGGUGUUGUAUGUAUCUACAGCGAUAGUUCUCUUUUGUGAUAUGCUGAUCAUGUACGCAACAACUCUA